GCCUCGCACGGCACCACUGCUUGAGACGAGUUGAGGAACUCCACCCGUUCCGGUGGCGCUCGUGUGAAGACGGGACCACGUCUCUCCUCUCGGGCCGCCCUCACUGCGUGCAAGAAGCCAGGGAACGAGCACAUGAAGGAGAGAAUUAGUCUGCGCAGCUGUAUUGUGGUCAAAGAAGAAGAAACAGAAGGAAACGCGCAGAGGCUUUGCCAGCUCCAAGCUUCACGGAUAUCAACGUUCAGUUCCUUACAACAACAGUGGUGACGCGGUACACAGCAGCGGCCGGCCACACAAACGACCGAGAUGGCUGAACUGUCGGUGCUGCCUUCGACGAUGGUUCGGUCUUCGAUUCCAUCCACCAUAUCCAGGAUGAACUUCUCUCCCCAGGUCCAGAAUACGAUGCCCGCGCAAUACUGCAGUUUAUGUGUGGUCGGAACAUUGAUCCUCGCUGUGUCUGGGUAUGCCUUCUACCUGGCCUUUCUAAAGAAUCGAGAUCCGGCCAACGUUCAAGGAGCUUCUAUCACCACCACCGUUUCUCCCCAGGAGUGUAACAAAUUGCCGUGGGUAGCCAAUAAAGAGGAGCCUCCGCUACUGUGUUCGUUGGACGGUCGCUACACGUUCCCCUAUCCUGUCCAGAUGUGCUCCUACAUCAUCUUCCUUUCGGCCAUGAUUGACGUGGACAACGGCAAAGUCGCACCACUAGCGGGAACGGAAGCGCAGUACUUGGCGUUCAAGGACGCGAACAAAACCGGCGAACUGAAGAAGCUGCUCUCCUUCCGCUACGAUGACGUCUCCUCCAGGACCGCUGACGCAAUCAACACAGGGUUUGUCAACGUGCGCUCCACAGUGUUCCACGGCAUCGACAUUCGCAUCACGCACUCUGACCCUACUUGGCUCAAGCUCCUCACGGAUCUUCGAUUACUCGCCGAUCAAAAUGGCUACCUUAUCCACGUAGUCUUCGACGUCCCCCUUGGUGUGGAGAUAAGCCAAGUACACAUGGCCACCCUCCGGGUCUACAAGCCACUGUCACAAGGGCCGUACAAGGCGUCACCCAUUCAGACCUUGACACAGAUUGAGCAUGCCGUGGACAAAUACAGCAAGGAGGUCCUUCUUAGUGGAGCAGGACAACUGGCGUUGAGUGCCUGGCGCUGCGUCGGAUUAAGUCUCGCUGCCGUUUCCUUCCAAAGCACCAGAGACCUCGAGGACGAUGCUGUAGGAAUCAAAAGGCUCAGCUACUGCGAUUUCAACCGCAACAAGAGCAAGAAGAUUCCUUUUGACGCAUCAUACUAUACCACAUCCUAUAAGAACGACCUGGUUGUCUUCGAGCAGGAUAAAGAAUUCACCGAAAAGGUGAAGGCUAUCACCAAGCUCUCCAAGUCAUGCGUUCUCUUGGACCACGUGUACUACGACUACCACCAUUGCCAAUGCGACCAGCCCAACUUCAAACUACUGCGAGCCACACGUCGCGUCCUCUGGGGCAAGAACGCCAGGCUGUACUGAGGGCCGAGGAGACAUCAGGGGGCCGUCGUUCAAAGAAAGCGCACUGCGCAGAUUUUCCGAACUUUACGACACUUUAUUGUAUUUGUAUUACAGGAACUAUGAGUGCUAAUAUAGUAAGAAAUGGUUAGCUCAUUGCUACCGCACAUUUCGAAUGGUGCUGAUGUUCGAUAUUUAUAUACAAGCUUCGUGCUCCCCGUGAAAAGCCUGUAUAUAUUUCUCAUCUCCGAUCUUUCAAACAUUUUGUGGCAUUUUUGCGACUGUGUGCCAAAUAGCCUGCUCCUAGCUUCUUUGACGUAAUUUUCUGAACAGCUGGAAAGGCAAGAACGUAAGUCGCUCUAAGUUCGCCAAGGCUGGGAGGCCGGUAAGAAUACAAUAAAAUGGAAUUCUUU